AUGGAAGCCUUCAACAACCAAGCCCUCCCUAAUCAGUACGUAAAGGUACUUCGAGAGUUGCACAGUAAUUUCACGGCCAAAAUUUCGCCAUUCUACAAGAAUAUCAUCGUUGAUGUGAAGAGAGGGUUCCGACAGGGUGAUACAAUCUCACCCAAAAUAUUCACACUCACCCUCGAAAAGGCAAUGCGAAAGCUGGAAUGGGGCGACAGAGUGAAGGUUAAUGGUCGGCAGCUACACCAUUUGCGCUUUACUGAUGACAUCGUACUGAUGACACCUAGCACCAGUCAAGCGGGAGGUAUCCUGGCCGAAUUCGACGAAACAUGCAACAUGCGCAUGCAUCGUUCUUCAGUUGAAUCUGCAAAAGAAGAUGUUCAUGCAGAACGGAUGGGUUUCUGA